CGCUCUCCCAUUCUUUCUUUCUUUCUUCUUCUUCUUCUUCUUCCAUGGCUCAUACUCCUCUGCAAUGGCUCUGUUUUCCUCUGUUUUUCCACUGUUUGUUUUUUUCAAGCGCCCAGUUUUUCAAAACCUAUGUUGUUCAGAUGGACAGGUCUGCAAUGCCGGACUCGUUUUCCGAUCAUUUGGAGUGGUACUCCACUGUGGUAAGCAGUGUGGUGGUUGAUAAUCCUGAGAGAGAAGGUCAAGGUAAUGGGGGAGGUGAAGACAGGAUCAUUUACAGUUAUCAGAAUGUUUUCCAUGGAGUUGCAGCUCGAUUGAGUGAAGAAGAGGCUGAGAGGCUCGAGGAAGAACAUGGGGUGUUGGCCGUUUUUCCUGAGGUUAAGUAUGAGCUUCAUACGACUAGAAGCCCCAAGUUUCUUGGGCUUGAACCGGCGGACAGUAACAGCGCCUGGUCUCAGCAAAUUGCAGACCAUGAUGUGGUUGUCGGAGUUUUGGACACUGGGAUUUGGCCGGAGAGUGAGAGCUUCAACGAUGCUGGAAUGUCGCCGGUGCCGGCAUAUUGGAAAGGGGAAUGCGAGACAGGGCGAGGCUUCACGAAACAGAAUUGUAAUAGAAAGAUCGUUGGCGCUAGAGUGUUUUACCAUGGGUAUGAAGCUGCAACGGGGAAAUUUAACCAACAGUUGGAGUAUAAAUCGCCGAGGGAUCAAGAUGGGCAUGGGACUCACACGGCAGCCACCGUCGCCGGAUCUCCGGUGGCAGGGGCAAAUCUUCUGGGGUAUGCUUAUGGAACAGCUAGAGGAAUGGCGCCUGGUGCUAGAAUUGCCGCCUACAAAGUCUGUUGGGUUGGUGGCUGCUUCAGCUCCGACAUUUUGUCGGCUGUGGACAGAGCUGUGGCCGACGGCGUAAAUGUUCUGUCCAUCUCUUUGGGAGGUGGGGUUUCUUCUUACUACCGUGAUAGCCUCUCCGUUGCAGCAUUUGGGGCAAUGGAGAUGGGUGUUUUUGUGUCCUGCUCGGCCGGCAAUGGAGGGCCGGAUCCUGUCAGUCUCACAAACGUAUCGCCGUGGAUAACCACCGUCGGCGCUAGUACAAUGGACAGAGAUUUCCCGGCCAUUGUCAAGCUCGGCAAUGGAAGAACAAUCACCGGCGUUUCACUUUACAGAGGAAGAAUCACGAUUCAAGAAAACAAACAAUUCCCAGUUGUGUAUAUGGGGAGUAAUUCAAGCAACCCUGAUCCGAGUUCGCUCUGUUUAGAAGGAACUUUAGAUCCCCAUUUCGUCGCCGGAAAAAUUGUGAUAUGCGAUCGAGGAAUUAGCCCUCGGGUUCAGAAGGGAGUGGUGGUAAAAAACGCAGGUGGUAUUGGGAUGAUUCUGUCGAACACGGCGGCGAAUGGGGAAGAACUUGUUGCCGAUUGCCAUUUAUUGCCGGCUGUCGCCGUCGGAGAAACAGAAGGCAAGGCAAUUAAGCAAUAUGCAUUAACAAAUCGAAAACCGACGGCGACUCUAGGGCUUUUAGGUACAAGAUUAGGGGUAAAACCCUCGCCGGUAGUGGCGGCGUUUUCUUCCAGAGGACCAAAUUUCCUCACUCUGGAGAUUCUCAAGCCCGAUCUGGUAGCUCCCGGCGUCAACAUCCUCGCCGCUUGGACCGGAAAAACAGGGCCGUCGAGCUUGACAACAGAUACAAGAAGGGUGAAAUUCAACAUUCUUUCCGGAACUUCAAUGUCGUGCCCACACGUCAGUGGAGUAGCGGCUUUAAUCAAAUCGAAACAUCCCGAUUGGAGCCCAUCAGCGAUCAAAUCGGCGCUGAUGACCACCGCAUAUGUCCACGACAACACCUACAAGCCUCUGAAAGACGCCUCCGCCGCAUCCCCGUCGAGUCCGUACGAACAUGGCGCCGGCCACAUAAAUCCCAGAAAAGCCCUAGAUCCUGGUUUGGUUUACGAAAUUAAACCGCAAGAUUACUUCGAAUUCCUCUGUACACAGGAUUUAACUCCUUCACAGCUCAAAGUCUUCUCCAAACAUUCAAAUCGAUCAUGCCAUCGCCUUCUCCCCAACCCUGGAGAUUUGAAUUAUCCAGCCAUCUCCGCCGUGUUCCCAGAGAAAACCACCGUCACCUCCCUGACCCUUCACAGAACCGUCACCAACGUCGGCCCUGCAUCCUCGAGUUACCACGCAAUAGUGUCUCCGUUCACCGGCGCCGCCGUGAAAAUCGAGCCGGAGAGGCUGAACUUCACAAGGAGAUAUCAGAAGCUUUCAUACAGAAUCACUUUCGUGACGAAGAAGAGACUUAGCAUGCCGGAAUUUGGAGGGCUAAUUUGGAAGGACGGAAGUCACAGGGUGAGAAGCCCCAUUAUCAUCACUUGGUUGUCGUCUUUUUGAAUCCAUUUCUUCGCUUGUUUCUUUGUUUGAUCCUUUUUGGAGCUCAUGUUUUCAAUCAUCAAGUCUCAGUUCAUGGGUUUUGCAAUUAAAUUUGCUACUAAAUAUCCAUGUAGUAUUACAAGAGAAAUUAAUGCAAUGUUUAUUUAUUUCA